AUGGAUGACGACUACGAAGAGCGGGGAUUUCAUCCUCUCACCAUUAAGCUUAUCGACCACACGAUCAUUCCAAGCGAGAAUAGCCCUGGAAUAUGGGCAAGAAGCGCAAAGGUGGUGGAUUAUUUGAUUAUUUCUGGUAGUAGGACGAGGGCGGGAGCCUAUGUGGCCUGGAAUUGCUCGAUUGAGACGUUCGAGGGAGCUCAGUUUACUGUUCGAAAACGGUAUUCCGAGUUUGUCGAGCUGCGGGAUAUGCUUAUCGAGACAUUCCCAAGAUCAGGAGUGUCUAUACCAGCUUUGCCGCCAAAAAGUGUUGUUUCCAAGUUCCGUCCAAAAUUUCUUGAGGCUCGUCGCCAGGGCUUGUCAUACUUCCUCUCGUAA